GACUGAGAUCAACAAGAAAAGAAAGGAGUGUGACGUGCUUGAACAGGAGGUGAAGAAAAAGAGUCAAACAUGCCAGACUCUGGAGAGCGAGCUCCAAGAUGUUCUUGAGGAAAAGGCUCGUCUGAGUGUGCAGUUGUUCACUAAUACCAAGAAGGCAGCACAAUAUGCGCAGCUGAAGACAGACUAUGAGCUGCUGCGAGAAACGCUGUACACUGUGACUCAGGAGAGAGAUUGCGCCCUGUGGGAGAGGACCAAGCUCCAAGGCAAACUGGAGAACCUAGAGCAGGUGCUGAAGCAUAUGCGAGAGGCUGCAGAGCGGAGGCAGCAGUUAGAGUUGGAGCAUGAAGAAGCCCUGGGCGUGCUCAAUGCCAAGCAGCAGGAGAUUGACCUUCUGCAGAAGGCUCAGGUUGAGGCUCAGAAGGAACAUGAAGGUGCUGUCCAUCUGUUAGAGAACCACUUGGACAGCAUGCAGGCCAAAGUGCGAGACCUGGAGGAGAAAUGUCGAAGUCAGGGUGAGCAGUUUAACCUCCUGUCCAAAGAGCUGGAGAAGUUCCGACUGCAGGCUGGGUUAGAAAUCCUCAGCACCGCCCCCUUAACUGUGGGCGAGCCGCCGGGGUCGCCCAGCAAGACCCUGUCCCAGCUCCUCAAUGGGCUUGCUGCUCCGGGUGGUAAAGGCAAUGAAGCUCCGAUGAGCAGAUCGGUCCUUUCUGAGUUUAUCCGGCCGCUUCAGAUGAGUGCGGAGAAGGCAGAGCUCCUGUCAGUCAAGCCCACGUUCCUGAGCCGGAGCCAGCCAAGCAGCCCACGCCGCGCCUUCCUCUCCGAGCAGAUGGACAAAGAGCGGAGUUCUGCCCCACGCGCCAAGCCCAGGUUCACGGGGAAAGUGCGUCUGUGCGUCGCUCGCUACAGUUAUAAUCCUUAUGACGGACCCAAUGAGCACCCCGAGGCAGAGCUCUCCCUUGGGGCUGGGAAGUAUCUCUAUGUUUAUGGGACCCCGGAUGAAGAUGGCUUCUAUGAAGGAGAAACAUUGGACGGUCAGCAGGGUCUCGUUCCCUCCAACUUUGUGGACUUCAUGCAGGACGACGAGCUGCCGUCUGUUCCCCCUGCCAGCGGUGGCAGCAGCGGCAUUAGCAGCAGCGGCAUCAGCAGUGGCAUCAGCAGCGCCAUUGGCAGCGUGGAGCGCAGCGUCAAAGAACCGUCCUACCUCAACCACAGCCCUGCUGUCUUGCCCGUCCCCUCCAUGGCCAGCACGGGGCUCUCGGCCAAGGCCACACUCCUGUCGGAAAGCACCCCGAAGCUGGAUGGCAUGGGGACGGGGAGCGCGGCCAGUACCCUCAGUACCCUCAGUACCCUCAGCACCCUGAGCACACUGAGCAGCCUCAGCACCCUGGGCAGCCUGGGGAUGGACUUCACUCUGGGCUCCUGCAGCAACGGCAUGGGGACCCUGGACGUGAACAUCGACGAGAUCGGCGAAGACAUCGUGCCUUACCCCCGCCGCAUUAACCUGAUCAAGCAGCUGGCCAAGAGCGUGAUCGUGAGCUGGGAGCCGCCCGUGGUGCCGCCGGGUUGGGGCCAGGUGAGCGGCUACCAAGUGCUGGUGGACCGCGAGAUACGCAUGAGCGUGCCAUUUGGUGGACGCACCAAGGCACUGAUCGAGAAGCUCAACCUGGCCAUCUGCACGCACCGCAUCUCUAUCCAGAGCAUGACAGACCGCGGGCUCUCGGACGAGCUGCGCUGCACCCUUCUGGUGGGCAAGGAUGUAGUGGUGGCACCGUACUACCUGCGUGUGGAGAACGUCACACAGGCAUCAGCCGAGCUCUCCUGGAUGCCCAGCAACAGCAACUACAGUCACAACAUCUUCGUCAACGAUGUUGAAUAUGACGUGGUCAAGCCCGGCGGCUACAAGUACCAGUUUUACAACCUGAAGCCCAUGACGGUGUACAAGGUGCGUGCCGUGGCUAGGCCGCACCAGAUGCCCUGGCAAUUGCCCGUCGAUCAGCGCGAGAAGAAGGAGAUCUUUGCGGAGUUCUGCACCCAACCAGCCGGCCCCCCCUUGCCUCCUCAGGAAGUGCAGGUGCAGUGUGGGCAGUCACCGGGGAUGCUGCAGGUACGCUGGAAGCCCCCUCUUCUCUCCCCCAACGGCACCUCCAAUGGGGCUACAGUCAUUGGCUAUGCCGUCUGUACAAAAGGGCAAAAGAUAGCAGAGGUGAUGUACCCAACGGCGGACUACGUCACCGUGGAGCUGAACCGCAUCCAGUGUCUUGAGGCGUGUGAAGUCAUCGUGCGGACACUGUCAUCACAGGGCGAGUCCCAGGACUCCCCAGUGGCCUCUAUACCCCACACUCUCCUACGCACCUCAGCCCACCCUGGCCAACUGUCCCCACUUCCUCACACCGUCUCUCACUCGCCAACUCCUGCCCAUGUCCUGCCACACCACCCCCCUUACCCUCAGAGCUACCCCCCCACACACCCGCAGCCCCACGUCCAGCCACCCCCCCAGGCCCAUCUACAGCCUCCGCCUCCCCAACCCCCUCAGCAUCCCCAUCCGCCCCCCCACGCGGCCACUCCUCACCCCCACCCGCAGCCCCACAUUCCCCAGCCGCAGCCGCUGAUCCAGCAGCAUUCGCUCCCCAAGCCCAAGCUCCUGCCAAGUGCCAGAGACAUGCAUACCAAAGACCGGCUGGGCCAGCCAUGGGAGCCCGCACCGCAAGUCCCGCGCGCCUCUUCACCUCUGCCCCCACACCUCGCCCCGUCCUAUGCCCACGCCCACCCCCUCGCCCACCACCACUCUGGACACACCCUGGAGCCCCCCCACUUCCCGGGCCGACGUUCGCCCUCCCCCCAGAGGAUCCUGCCCCAGCCUCAGGGAACGCCCAUCACCAACACUGCGGCCAAAGCCAUGGCUCGCGAGGCAGCGCAGAGGGUGGCCGAGAACAGCCGGGCCCAGAUGGAGAAGAGAAACAUCUUCAGCGAGCGUGGGCACUCACUCAACUCGGAUGAGGAGGAGGACGGCUACGAGUCUCCGCACGCAAGACGGAGAGGUGCCUCGGUGGAUGAGUUCUUACGCGGCUCUGAGUUGGGCAGACAUCCGCACUACAGCCACAGUGAGGAGUACUACACGGAGAGCAGCCGCGGCUCCGACCUGUCCGACAUCAUGGAGGAGGACGAGGAGGACCUCUACUCGGAGAUGCAGCUGGAGGAAGGCCGGCGGCGCAGCAUCAACUCGCACAACACGCUCAAGGAUUACUACCGACGUCAUGACCUGUCGGUGGAAGGAGACAACUGGGACCUGCAGCGGGAGGUGGUUCGGCAGCGCUCACUACGCAGCAAACGCCUCCACAGCAUCCCGGAGGUGGCGGAGGAUGAGGCGGAGGGCGUGGCGGUGGAGGCGAUGGGCCAGCGGACGCGCUUUGAGGACCAACGGCCAGGUGCGCCACACCGGGGCCCCCGUGUCUACCACCAGGACUCCCGGCAGCACAACCGCCUCUCCCCGAGCAACUGCAUCCGGCGGCUACAGCGCCAGCGUUCCUCGCCCCGUUACUCCUCUCUGGAGGACAGGGGACCACCCGCCAGCCCGGGGUGGAUUGCCGGCCGGCAGAUCACAAAGAGCCCAGACAGCGGGCUGGACUGCUGCAGUGAGGAGGAGGGCUCCCUGGGCUACCGUGGCGUGUACUCGUAUGGUGCGGGAAGCCCCAUCCGUGUGGGCAGGGGGCCUAACAUGCGUCUGAUCCACUGCGAGGGCCCUGUUGAACGCCGGGCCCUGGCGACAGGAAGGAAAAGGACGAUGACACGACAGAGCAGCACGGAGGAGGACUACCAGGACGUCAGCAUGGAUAUGCAUAACAGGCGUGACCUGGAGGCCUACUAUCAUCAUCCUCAUUAUCAUCAACACUACCACCCUCAUCCUCAGCGGCGCUUUCAGAGCGAGGGGCGACUGACGGACGUCGGCAGGAGCUACUACAGGGAAAAUAGGGCACACUCUGUGGCCAGACUCAACAGGGGAAUGGACGAGCCUCUGAUUUUAGGAAGCUCCCAAACCAUGGCCCGACUGGAUCAUACAGGGAGGAGGACGGCCCAUGGCUGUGCCCCCCCACCAAGACGUCCCAUGAUGGUUCCUUCUAUUGAGAUCACCAUGGAGAAUAACAGUGAAGGAAGUGAGGGGAACCUCACCUCACCUGUCAAGGAAGAUGUUUACUAUGGCAGUGUAGCUCGGCGCAGGAAUUGGCCCCCACAGCGAUCAGACCCUCGAUAUGAUGGUUAUGGUGGACGUGGUCACCGAUCGCCAGACUACUACGAGUCUGAGCCAGAGGACCUCACUCGAAUAUUUGUUGCCCUGUUCGAUUACGAUCCCCUCUCCAUGUCCCCAAACCCUGACGCUGGUGUUGAAGAGCUUCCUUUUAAGGAAGGCCAGGUCAUUAAGGUGUUUGGUGAUAAGGACACAGACGGGUUCUACCGUUCUGAGAUCGGUGGCCGGCGGGGACUCAUCCCGUGCAACAUGGUGUCCGAGAUCCAGACAGAAGAUGAUGACAUGAUGGACCAGCUCCUCCAACAGGGUUUCCUGCCUCUCAACACGCCAGUGGAGAACAUAGUCAACUGCAACCGCUUCAAAGAUGGCCGCUCAAUAAACCGCAGGUCCCGAAAAUCCAAAAGAGAGAGGAACAGGCGCAGUGGCAGACAGCACCCUGUGUCUACCCACAGGAUGGUGGCGCUGUACGACUACGACCCCAGAGAAAGCUCUCCGAACGUUGAUGUGGAGGGUGAGCUGACUUUCUGUGCUGGUGACGUAAUCACUGUGUUUGGGGAAAUCGAUGAGGAUGGCUUUUACUAUGGUGAACUGAACGGACACAAAGGCCUGGUCCCCUCCAACUUUCUGGAAGAAGUGCCUGAGGAUGUAGAGGUCUAUCUGACAGACACUCCAUCUCGCUACCCCCAGGAUCACCCAUCAAGGACAAAGACCAAAAGGAAGAAGAGUGUUCAUUUCACUCCGUAAAGGCUCAGUGCCCGUCACGUAAGUGAACAACCGAGGAUACCACUGUUACGCUCUCCUCGUCUAAUGCAGAUGACAUGGGUCCCCCUUAGCUCCUGGUACGCAGCAACACACACGUGCAACACACACACACACACACACACACACACACACACACACACACACACACACACACACACACCACACACACACACACAAACACACAGGCAAUUCUAAACAUAUUUACAUUGUUAAACUCUUCAUAAAUAUGCAUCACUUUCUGAUGCACAAAUAGACACCUUUUCCAUUCAGAAUAAUCACUCAUCUGAUUUGAUCCUGAGAUUUCAACAGGGGCUUGACAGCUUAAA